AUGCCUCCAGUACAGCCUCCUGAUGAUCAGCCAACUAAGUCAAAGUCCGCACUGGACAUUGUGGUUAAUCAAUUAGUUAGAGCAUCUGUGGGAGGUAAUAUUCCGCCAUCACUUAGUGAUGACGAUUUGGAUAAGUAUGUAGCCGACUUAAUAAUGAAAGAGGCUUCUGCCAAAAAUAACUUAUUCAAUAAGGAAGGACUUAGAGCGUAUUUACCUGAUACUGGAACGCCACCUUGUAAUCUUCCGAAAACAAAUAAACGAUUCUUAUUCAACGUAAUAAAAAGUGUAGAUGGUCAUAAUCAGGCCUUGAUCAAAAAAUCUGAAGAAGAUGCUGCUGCUGCUCGUAUGCGUAAUCUAAGACGCUUAGAACGAAUGCACCGGCACCGUUCAAGCAAAAGGAGACAUAGAGAUAGGGAUAGGAGCAGAAGUAGCCGAAGGAGAUCACGGAGAGAUAAAUCAAGGUAUGACGACCAUUUUAGUAGUAGUAGAUACAGUGAUUCUGACUACAGUGAAAAAGAAAUUUAUAGGUCAAGUGAUAUGUCAAUUUCACCAAUAUCAAUGUCUCCAAAGAUUAAUGUUUGCUCCGCAUCAGAAGUAAGUAAAAGUACUCCGGUUAUUAAACGUAAAGGUCGUGGUGAAGUUAGUGAUGGAUCGAAAAUGGAUAAAUACUUUGAAAAAGAUUAUGAUCCCAUGUACGAUUUUGAAAAAUUUGCUUGGCUUAAUUACGUUGCUGUCAAUAAAAAAAAAACUAAAGUUGUACGUGAAUGGGAUAUGCCAAAAUUAAACGGCUGUUGGGAUCUUCAAAGUUUAAAAACCAAUGAAGAGGUUACUUAUAAUGGUGUGCGUGAAUGGGAUAAACCCAAGUUAGCAUCCGGCUCUUGGGAUCCUGAAAAUAUAAAAUCUAAAGAUGAUGAAAAAAAAUUAGUUUAUGAUGGUGUGCGUGAAUGGGACAAACCCAAAUUGGCAUCGGGUUCUUGGGAUCCUGAAGACAGCAGUGAUUAG